ACAGGCUCCCUACAAAAAAUUCUAAACCACCAAAAACCAAACCCCCGCCCCCAACCUCAAAGCCGAAAUCUUUUCUUUCCCUCUCACCCUCUUUACUUCCAACGAACGGCUACGCUCUCUCUCACUCCCCUUUCCUUUCCUCUUCUCUUCUCCUCUUCCACUCUCACACUUUCCACUUACUUCCCAUUGACGCCAUCCCUCCGAUCGCCUUCCCCGCAGCGGGUCAGUCGAGACCCGCCCCGAGGUCCCAUGACCGAGUCCCCAUCGUCCGAACCAGAACCGCCGUCACCGAAGCCCCGCGCCGCCGCCGGCAACGGAAUGAGACUCGUCGUCCCUCUCCAGGGUGUCGUCCAGGGCAGGGGAGGGCUCAUCCUGGGUUCCCUCAUCCCUUGCGCUCUCUUCUACUUCCUCCAGCUGUACCUCAAGCGCCACCGCUCGCCCAAGCCGCCGGCGUCCUCCUCGAACCCUCCGUCCCCGUCCUCUUCGUCCCCGAACCUCGGGGAUUUGGCGCGGACCUCAUCGCGCUCCAAUUUGCUAGGGCGCGGGUCGAUUGUGCCCGUCCGGUUGUCUUCUCGCGGGAUGGCGAUUGCCAAACCCAAUGACUCGCCGUACUAUGUCGGGUUGGAUAAGGUCGCCGGGGAUCGGUUUCAUCGGGUGGAUAAUCCGGAGGGGAUUAUUCAGCUUGGAUUGUCCGAGAAUACGUUGUGUUUCGAUUUGAUUGAGAGAUGGAUGAAGGAGAAUUUGAUGGACUCGCUGAUGGGUGGCGAUGGUGCUGAAUUGAGUAUCAAUGGCAUGGCCACUUACCAACCAUUUGAUGGGUUGAUGGAGCUGAAAGUGGCUAUGGCAGAUUUCAUGUCUCGGGUAAUGGGGAAAGGGGUUUCAUUUAAUCCAUCACAAAUGGUAUUGAUGGCUGGUGCAACUCCAGCUAUCGAAAUACUAACCUUCUGCUUGGCCGACCAUGGAAAUGCAUUUCUAAUCCCCACCCCGUACUAUCCUGGAUUUGACAGGGAUAUCAAAUUUAGAACAGGAGUGGAGUUAAUACCAGUCCACUGCCGCAGCACAGAUAACUUCAUGUUGACCGUCACUGCUCUCGAUCAAGCUUACAACCAGGCAAGGAAACGGGGUCUGAAAGUUCGAGGAAUCUUAUUUUCCAACCCUUCAAACCCUGUUGGCAAUAUACUGUCCCGAGAGACGCUCUAUGAGUUACUGGACUUUGCACAGGAGAAGAAUAUUCACAUUAUAUCGGAUGAAAUAUUUGCUGGGUCUCUCUAUGGAACAGCAGAGGAAUUUGUGAGCGUUGCAGAAAUUAUUGAAGGAGAAGAAUUUGAUAAGAGCAGGGUUCAUAUUAUAUAUGGCCUGUCAAAGGACCUAUCUCUUCCAGGAUUCAGGGUUGGGGUUGUCUAUUCCUACAAUGAAAAUGUCCUGGCUGCUGCAAAAAGGCUUACUAGGUUCUCUUCCAUUUCUGCUCCAACUCAGAGGCUCCUGAUCUCAAUGCUUUCGGAUGCCAAGUUUAUCGAGGAAUAUAUCGAAACCAAUAGAAAGAGGAUCCGGCGGAUGUAUGACCUAUUUGUUGGUGGUCUUGACCAGUUAGGAAUCCGGUGUGCAAAGAGCAGUGGAGGGUUAUACUGCUGGGCUGAUAUGAGUGUUCUGAUAGCUUUGUAUAGUGAGAAGGGGGAACUUGAACUAUGGGAUAAGCUGUUGAAUGUUGGUAAAGUCAAUGUAACUCCUGGUUCAGCCUGCCAUUGCAUAGAACCUGGAUGGUUCAGGUGUUGUUUUACAGCUUUAGCUGAAGAAGAUGUUCCUCUUGUCAUGGAACGGAUUGGGAAAGUUGCUGAAAUGUGUAAAUCUGGUCAUUGAAAUAGGAUCAAUUUUGCCUAAUACAAAUCUUUUUGCGUUUUUUGCUCUUUAUGGGACCCAACCUUCAAGAUCUUUCGUAGAAUCAUCCAAGGGUAUAACAGAUCAAAGUUUACAACAAAUUUCUACUUGGAAUAGCAGGGCUUAUGACUUGCUUCAGGAAGUAGCAUACUCCUGAAAGUUGUAUCUUCUUUGCAUGCUUUUACAGGAAUUGGAGAAUUCACUAGCAGUAUGAAAUAUUGAAACUGAAACUUAACUGACAGCACAACAGUGGGAUUGCUUAGAAAGUUCACACAGAUAAUUGAAUGCAGGCUUCUUAGGAGCAAGAAACCAGAACUACAGGAGGGCCAGUCUUGUAUGGUGCAUCUUCUUCUGCAGCCUAUCUAUCAUCUUAAUGCCGGUUCCAAAGACACAGCAUUUGAAAGGUUGCCCCUUCAUGAGUUCCUGCAACAUUGUUAUGUCAGGCAAGUGCACUAGGUCCUUUCAAAUCCCUAGACUAGAUUAAUUUAUCUUGAUAUUUGCUUGCGGUUGCAAGAGCAUUUGAAAUUAUAGUGGAAACGGAAGCAAGCUGAGAGAUUUACUUACCAUUGAUGGAUUCUGUAGCCUCAUUUGAUUUGCUUUCCUCUGAACGCUCCUCCUCCUGCUCAUCAUUAUCAGUUCUCCAAGUGUUGGCGGCUUCCUUACUACUAGCGCACCAUCGCUACUUCCUUGACCUACUAUAUCUCUGCCGGUGAGCUCCAGUGGAGGAGUGGAAGAACCAUUCUUCAGAUCUGUCUCCUCCUCACGAGAACCAGAAGCUGCUUUAUAUAACGGAAACAAGCAUUCCAAGAAUGAAGACCCCACAAGGCUCGACCUCCCAGUUGCAUAACUACUGGUACUGCUGUCACUUUCAUAAGCGGGCGAUGCCGGCCUUUCCCACUGCUCAUCCAUCGAGAAAGCACUGUCGAUGACCGGAACAGCAGCAGAAACUGCCGCUGAUGACAUCAGGCAAUUCCCAAACAGAGAUGACGGUGAUCUCUGGUACCAGUCAUCGUCGUCAUCAUCAUCAACAUUCUUAGUAUCUGCUUCUGAGUACAUCAGAGCUGGUGGUAAAGGAAGCACCUUUACUUGCGAAGCAAGUUUCCCCUCGUCGUCGAGUGAUGAUGGCUGCGAGAAACGGGACAGUGGAGUCCCGGGCCUUUCUUCCCAUUUAAAGGGAACUGAAGCGAUGAGCUUGACUGGAGGCAAUGAUGGAAGCGGUGUGACCACAUGAGGAGCAACCUCAGGCUUCCAACCCUUCUUGGCUAUCCCUGGCCUAUCUUCCCAGAGAAAUGGAACUGAAGGUGGCUCCCUGAUAUGCCUUCUCCUCGAAGUCUCUAUUCCCUCUUUCGAUUCCAUUUUUCAGGAUGUAAUGGCAGCUCAAUUCAUUGUGGUCUGCAACUGUGUUUCUUCUUCCAGUUUUAUAGAGUCGCCAUUAGUGGGGUUAGGCAGUCUUCCAAAAUGUACCAAGUGUGUGCUUGUUUAACUGAACCAUCUUUCUGGUACUGAGUUUCAGCUUACCUGCUCUUUUUGUGAAGUUGGUGAGUCAACGUUAUGAUGGCAGCGUGGAAGACUAGUUCUUA